UUCACGCGGCUGUGUAUUGGUUGAUUGCUUUACUUAGUCGCAUGAUGCAGAGGCUGAGAUAAGUUACUGUAUAGUACAUCUCACCUAUAAGCACAGUCUGUAUUUAAUCAGUAUCUCUUUGAAGCUCGAGCAAUAUUCACGUAAAAAGCAUUUUUUUUUAUUCAAGAUGAAAAUAUAUGCCGUAUCGGAUGGACCACCGUCGUUAGCGGUCCGAAUGGCACUCAAAGCCUUGGACAUUGCUCAUGAACAUAUUCCCGUAGACUUUGGCAAAGGGGAACACAUGACGGAGGAUUACGCUAAGAUGAAUCCGCAGAAGGAGAUCCCAGUUCUCGAUGACAAUGGAUUCUACUUAAGCGAGAGCAAUGCCAUUCUGCAAUAUCUGUGUGACAAAUAUGCCCCGAACAGCCCCCUUUAUCCGAAGGAUCCGAAGGAACGAGCGGUGGUCAAUCAGCGCCUGUGCUUCAAUCUAUCGUUUUUGUAUCCGCAGAUAUCGGCCUAUGUGAUGGCGCCGAUUUUCUUCGACUACCAGCGCACUCCGUUGGGAUUGAAAAAGUUGCACAUUGCCCUGGGUGCGUUCGAGACCUACUUGAGUCGUACGGGAACCAAGUUUGCGGCGGGAGAUCAUCUCACGAUUGCGGACUUCCCGCUGGUCACGUCGGUGAUGUGUCUGGAAGGAAUCGACUUUAACACCGAUAAGUACCCACUGGUGCAGGCUUGGUAUGAGAACUUCAAACAGCAAUAUCCUGAACUGUGGGCCAUUUCCGCGGAGGGAAUGGCUGAAAUUGCCGAAUUCGAGAAAAAUCCCCCAGACCUCACCGGAAUGGACCAUCCAAUACAUCCUAUCAAGAAAGUUGCAAAAUGAUGCACCACUCGCGAGUGUGAGUUCGCACAAUAAAUGAACAGUGCCUUGAUUCUGUAACGUACUUUGAGUGAAAUCACUCUAACUACAAAUACUUCAUAAUUGGUUGUAUUCUUGGAAUGUACGAUUGAAUAUCAUGUUAUGCAAUAAAUGUUUAACUCAGCCUA